CCUACUCCAUGCAUGCAUGCAUGCAUAUAUAUGAGUAUUUAGUGGUGUGUACGUACAUUCUAAGCUAACUUAGGAGAGGAAAACAAAAUAUAUAUUCUAUCAUCAUCAUACAUAAUUUCUUACAAUUUAACUUUUUUAAGCUAUGAGAGAAGGCAUCUCAUCAUCAUCAUCAUCAUCAUCAACUUAUAGCCCACCCAUUGAUGAAAGGAGAUGGGUGGAGCAAGGAAGAAGAGCCUUGGACAUAAGAUUGGAAAUAGAUUCCACUCCAACAAUCUUUCAAGUCCCCAAAGCCUUGAAAGAAACCAAGCCCGAAGCCUACACUCCGCGCCUACUCGGCCUCGGUCCGUACCACCAUCUCCGGCCAGACCUCCACCGCACCCACACCCAUAAGCUCAACCUGAUCAACAAGUUCCAGGAAAAGGUCCAGGAAUCGUUGCCUGAGUUUCGGUUUUCCCCAUACCAUAUAAUGGGCCCCCUAGAGCCGUAUGUCCGGGCCCGGUACGACAAGUACUUGGAUCUCGAGGGCGCCACCCUGGCCUACAUCAUCCCUGUCGACUCCUUCUUCCUGCUUCAUUUCCUCAGCGCCUACUGGUACACGACUGAAGUCCACUCUCCUCUCAAGCUGUCGAAGCUAUGGGUGAACCAAUCUUAUCAGAGCAUGCACCUACUAGAUCACAUGUAUCGUCUAAUCGCAUUCAACGACGGGUCCGAAGAUUUAUUCUAUAUUGGCAAAUCCCGUAUAGUCGAUGAAGGAGUAAAGGUUUUAACAGCUGCAAGUGAACUCGGUGUUGGUGGAGACAUUGUUAAGCCGCUUCUGCUUGCUUUCAAGGCCAUUCAAGUUCUGGAGAACAACGUGUUAGCCAACGAGAUUAGAACAAGUACUAAAAACAAAGAACCAGAAGAAGAGGCGGUGAAAAAACCGACUCGUCAUCGGAUUCCUUCGGCAUCACAGUUGUCUUCGUUGUCUUCAAAGAAAUUCAGAGUGGAUUUCAAGGUGAUGAACACGAAAGGGAUCGUGGAUGUCAAGCUAGAGGAGGUGGAGGCAGGAAGUCUGCCCCCGGUGCUUCAUCUCCCCGAGAUCACUUUUAGACCUGAUGCAGAAGUUGUGUUGAGAAACUUGGUGGCGUACGAAGCUUCCAUUGCCACCCCAGAGUCGACCUUGGUGCUCGCCGAGUACGUUGCUUUGAUGGGUGACCUAUUGCAGGCGCCGGAAGAUGUGGCACUUUUGCGAGAAAAAGGAAUCGUGAAGGGAAGUCUAGACGACGAACAGAUUGUCAAGAUCCUGGCCGGGAUCGGGAAACCCGGGACUGAGGAGAAGCCAGAGGCGCAUGCAAGCGAGAAGGUGGUGAGGAAGCUGAAGGAGAUGGUGGAGGAGUGGGAGAAGAAGAACGAGACGACGUGGGCGAGACUCCAUAGAUCUAUAGAGAAGAGAGUUAAGGAUGGGGUUGAGGUUAUGAGGAAGCCAUGUGCAAUGGCUCUCAAGUAUGUGUUGUAUAUAUUUUUGGUGGUGUUGGUGGUGUUGCAGCUAAUGCAGGCUUAUUGCCAAGUCUAUGGAUGUAACAAAGGAGGUUUUAAGUCAAAGUAGUCAACUCCAAACCAACCAUUUGAUUUGGUUUUAACUUUUAAUGUUGAUAUAAGAAGAUGGAAUUAUUUCCCAUAUAUGAAUAUGGAUCUUAAGACUGUACUUCCUCCGUCCCCGAAAGGGUUUUCCUUAUUGACUUUUUGGGAAAUUAAAGAAGUGAUAUUUUG